CUGCACUGCUGAACUGGUGCAAUAUAUUGAAGUGAGACAAAUAUACAUUUUCUCACUCUAACUUAUUGCACUAGUUCAGCGUGCAGCUACGAAGAACAGGCCUUAUAAUACGUCAAUUACUGCACUAUGAUAUUCCCUUUAUUUUUGUAUUUUUCUGUAGCCACUGAGGGACCAACCGUGUUGAAUGGAUAUUUAACCUAUAUGGAGCGUGCCUGAAGAGAGGAGUAGUACAUUUAAAUAUAAGAUUAAAUAUCUUGUGUUUCCUGUUUAUGUGUAGUUAUAAAUUUAUUCCGACCUCAUGACUAAGAUAAUGACAUCUAUUAAUGAGUUCGGGCCCGAUUCCGGUGGUAGAGUGAAGGGUAUCACUAUUGUCAAACCUAUAAUUUACGGCAAUGUGGCACGUUACUUUGGCAAAAAGCGAGAAGAAGAUGGUCAUACACAUCAAUGGACCGUGUAUGUGAAGCCUUAUCAUAACGAAGACAUGUCCACUUAUGUUAAGAAAGUACAUUUUAAGUUGCAUGAGAGUUACAACAAUCCCAAUCGAAUAGUGACGAAACCACCAUACGAAUUAACAGAAACUGGUUGGGGAGAAUUUGACAUUGUCAUUAAAAUCUACUUUCAUGAUCCAAACGAACGUCCUGUAACAAUAUAUCAUAUACUGAAGCUGUUCCAGUCGACCCCAGAGAUACAACUGGGCAAGAAAAGCUUGGUGUCCGAAUUUUACGAGGAAAUAGUCUUUCAGGAUCCAACGGCAUUGAUGCAACAUUUGCUAAGUUCCAGCAGAGCUAUAACGCUUGGAGUUUGGCGACACAAUACAGACUUUGAAGCAAAGAAAGAAUCCACGAUGAAAGCUAUUAUGGAGGCACGCAACAAGAUAAGACUCGAAGUGAUAGAUCUCAAGGAAAAAUUGACCUUAGCUAAGGAGACUAUCGCAAAGUUCAAAGAAGAGAUUGCGAAGAUCUCCAAAGUUGGUGGAGGUUUAUCUGUCUCAUAGUAAUCGCCGAGACGGAAAUGUUAAUAUCCGGAAUCUGUAUAAAGUGUAUAUAUAUUGAAUUUUUUCUGCAAAACUUAAACAUAACUGCGCGUUUUGUGAUGUUAACUUGUAUAAUAUAAGCACAAUUUUAUUAAUCUAAUUAUUCUAUCCUUUAGUUGAAAUAUAUUUUCUAAUUUUAUA